ACUUUACUCGAAAAUUUGUUGGGCGUGAAGGUAUACUUGUUACUCUGAACCGGCAAAUGAUAAUUCGGUUUGGCACUACGUGUCCUUGAACCGAGAAGUAUGCAGGCGUUUAAAAGAGCUUUGUUAAGUCUUAUAUGAAAUUAUCCCGCUAAUUUCUACUUCGUAGUAGUAUCCACGGCAUGGAAUUUACAGUGAACAAGUGAACGGUGUUCUAUUUUGGAAUAGAUAGUGGCGCUUUACGUAAUUUUUGGCACGUCACCACAACUACAGUAGCAAUGCUAUAAAUGUCUGAGACUAUUUAGCUGACAGAAGAAAUACGCUGUGGUUUUGAAACAAUCAUUCCUCCGUUUCUAUCGAAGAGAGAAAUUAAAGCUGUAUCAUAAUGACUAUUUUGUCUGAAAGUGAAUUUAGCAUGAUGAGAUUCAAUCUGUUUGUUGCAAAAAUGUUUAUGUGGGAAUGGUUUACAGGAAUGUUAAACUAUUUAGGGCUAAUGAAAAAGACUGGUAAAUUAGUUUUUCUAGGACUAGAUAAUGCUGGUAAAACAACCCUGUUGCACAUGCUGAAGGAUGAUCGUAUGGCGCAGCAUGUACCAACCCUGCAUCCAACAUCCGAGGAAUUGUCAAUGGGUGGCAUGAAGUUCACAACAUUUGAUCUAGGUGGUCAUAAGCAAGCUCGUCGCAUUUGGAAAGAUUACUUUCCAGCAGUUAAUGGAAUAGUCUUCAUUAUUGAUUGUGCUGAUGGAGAGAGGCUUCCCGAGUCCAAAAGUGAAUUAGAGAGUUUGUUGGCUGAUGAACAGUUAGCAAGUUGCCCUGUUCUUCUUCUUGGUAACAAAAUUGAUAUCCCUGGUGCUGCAAGUGAAGAUGUCAUUAGACAGUACUUUGGCCUUUAUGGUCUCACCACAGGAAAGGGAAAUAUUGCCGCUAAAGAUCUGCAAGCCCGGCCAAUGGAAUUGUAUAUGUGUAGUGUGUUAAAAAGACAAGGAUAUGGUGAAGGCUUUAGGUGGCUGGCCCAGUACAUUUAAAAUUUCAGUUUUUGUAAUUUAUGGAACUUGAUGCAGUGUCCUUGAAAAAAAAAAAGAAGAAGAAAAAAGAAACUGGAAAGGCAGAGGAUGUGAAAUAAAGAACACAAGCUGCAUUUGUAUUAUCAGAGGAUUCUCUUUCCUAAAUCAUAGCUAGAGAUGGACCAACCACAAUUUCCUGUUUCAUGAUUGUGACCAACACCAUUGCAAAGUUAAACUGGAUGUGCUGGUAUAUCUUUAAACUUAAAUGAAUUUGUUCUAUCCAGAUUAGCUUGGUAAUGGCAUCAACAGCAGAAUUAGGAACAAAAGUUAUUUUGAUUAGAAUUUAAUGCAAUCUCUAACAGUUUCCUUUAUUUCUGUCCAUAAAAUUCUACAUGCAAUUGUCUUUGAUGCAGUAAAUGCUCUCCAACUGAUAAAAAGUAAUACACCAUGCUUUAAUAUGCUGUGGCUUAUUUAAAUGUGGUUUUGUGUUCCCAAAGUCAAUGGGCAGAGUGAUUUGUAAAGGUAAGGAGAUUUUGUUUUAAUUUAGAGUAAACAAGGUGCCCUGUUAUUUUCAUCAAGUGUUGGUAAUGCCAUCCUCUUCCUGCAUUGGAGCUAGUUUUGUUAGUACAGAAUAGUACUAGUGAAAUAUGCAACUUGGCUCAAGUCAGCUUGAUUAGUUGCAUAAUUCAGCCUUCACGUGAGGAGUAGCCUUGACUCGAUGAAAAUAAAGGAGAAUGUUUUUCAUCAACAUUUCUCAAAACAGGAGACUUAAAACAAUUAUAUAUGUUUAGAUUUUAUCAGCUAGGUAUUGUUGCCUUCUCAGGGUAGGCUAGGCAAAACAGUUGUGUAAUGUUUUUUUCUUCGAAGUCUGGACACAGGUAUUUUCUGUUUUGCCUAGAAAAUACUGAUUAAUUUACACAAGGUAGUUAUGUGGAAAGUACCACAGAUCUGAACCUUGACAGUUCCACAGUCAAACACAAGUCUGUUAAACAAUUGGAUAUCCCAAAUUAGCACAUCCAGUUGAUUUAUGAUUUCAGUGGCUGACACGACAUUUCCUUCAAUUUUUUUCUUUUCGUUUUUUCCUUCUUAUUUUGGCAGUCUGUGUGGUUGUUGUCACUUUGUACUCAACUCUACUGGUGUUAAAAGAUUGAAUUGUAAGUUUGAUGUGCUGUGAUGAAAAAUGCAUGUGGAACUGGAUGGGUGAAGAUUCAAUUAACUUGAUAUUUUUGAGUGCAAGAGGACGUCCAACUUACCAAACUGACUGGUUAGAUUUUCCGACAUAAUUUUGAGUCCUCUUGUAAGAUUACACAUGUACAUUAACUUCAAUGCAAAAUAAUUAUUUUAUAUGUACAAUAUUAAAGAACUGAAAUAGUGAGCAGCAGCCAGAGAAAUAUUAAUAUCUGUCUAUGCAACCGUUUCGGUUAACCCCUCAUGAAAUGUCUAACUAUCACAAAAGCAGCUGAGUUUAUAUAAAUAUCUUACUAAUGCUCUUAA